GACUCCAAAUUUUCGCAAAAUCGCGAAAGCAGCAGUUAUGUACUCUCCGUCGGCCCAAUAAACUUGUUAGCCGCCUGAGAGGAGUUUGGCAGUCGGCAGUUGAGCGAGCUGGUUUGCUGACCGAUCGACGUCUUUCAGAGGAGUCGUCCGCAUAAACAAAAAUCAUAUAAAAACAACAGCCCGCACGGGUAUCACAAUCAUAAACAAUGACUGAUAACGCGUUACCAGGGCAGCCAAACGGACUGGUCCCAAAGCAGCAGGCCCUGGAGUUGCACUUUAGCCAAGCAAAUUACAGCUUAAAAGGAUCUUCCAAGAGUUCAAGCCCCAUCCUUAACGAGGCAUGCGGCGUCUUUAAGUCCGGUCGACUGACGGCCAUUUUGGGGCCUUCGGGGGCGGGAAAGUCCACCCUGCUUAAUGCAUUGGCUGGUUUCAAGCUCAGAGGUGUUUCUGGGCAGUUCCUUUUGAACGGACGAACCAGGGAUAUGAUGAGUUUUCGCAAGAUGUCAGCCUACAUAUCCCAAGACUUUGUAAUGCUAAAUUUUCUGACUACCGAAGAGACGUUACGCGUUUCCGUUAACCUAAAAAUGCCUAGGGGCACAACUCUUGCCGAGAAACAGAAAACUAUAGAUGACAUCAUAGAAAUUCUUCAGCUCCAAUCCUGCCGACACACUUUGGUGAAAAAUUUGUCCGGUGGCGAACACAAGCGCCUAUCGAUCGGCAUUGAGUUGGUGACGAAUCCGCCUAUUAUGUUUUUUGACGAACCCACAAGCGGCUUGGACUGCGUGGCUAGUUACCAGGUGAUCUGCCAUCUGCAGCGGUUAGCCCACGAUGGCAGGAUUGUGGUCUGCGUGGUCCAUCAGCCCGGGUCGAGACUUUUCCAGCUGUUCGACGAUGUUCUUGUCCUGGCCCACGGAGAGGUCAUUUAUGCCGGAGAGCAGCGCGCAAUGUUGAGUAGCUUUGCUGAGUCCGGCUUUAUUUGCCCGCAGUACUAUAACCCGGCUGAUUUUGCUUUGGAGGUCUGCAGCCACUCGACCUCCAUAGAAAGAUGCGAUUCCCUUAUAAGACAGAACAAAUUGAAGCACAGCAACCAAAGCAACAUCGUUAAACUUCAGGUGGAUGAGGAGACAGCACUCAUCAACGUUGACCGCGAGGCGUCCACCUGUAAUUUGAGUCACCUGCGCGGCAAGGAGCAGGUGGGCUUCUGGUACCAGCUAAGCGUGCUUCUCUGCCGCCAUUUGCGCUCAAUGUCCCGGGAUUUGAUGGCCGUCCAGAUGCGACUGAUAAUGCACGUUGUGAUAGCCCUGCUCUUGGGCGUGGUCUACUGGCAGAUCGGUGCCGAUGCCGAAAAAAUCGUGUCUAAUGUGUCCUGUAUAUUUUUUAUAAUCCUUUUCGUCUUCGCCGGCAACGCUAUGCCCUCCAUCCUGCUUUGUAUCCAGGACUCAGCGGUAUUUAUAAGAGAGUAUUAUAACGGCUGGUACUCCCUGAGAGCCUACUACAUUUCCAAGGUCUUGGCCGACUUGCCUCUGCAACUGGCCUGUCCCACGCUCUUCAUCAGUAUAGGAUACUUCAUGAGUGGCCAACCAGCCGAGUGGCAACGUUUUGCCAUGUGCUGGGGCAUCUGCGUGAUGACUGCUUUUAUAGCCCAUUUUAUUGGUGUGAUCGCGGGGUCCCUCUUUCCCAUGCCUCUUGCUAUAUUUCUUGUGCCGAGUGCCACCAUUCCAUUCCUACUCUUUUCUGGCUUCUUUAUCCGCCUGAACGAGCUCUCCUGGUUUCUGCGACCCAUCUGCAAUGUAUCCUUCUUCCGCUACAUAUUCGAGGGCCUCCUGAGGGCCAUUUACGGAUAUGGCCGGGGAGAGCUCGAGUGCCACGCCGCGUUGGGAUACUGCUACUACAGGUCAGCCGAUCAGUUCCUUAAAGACUUCCAAAUGCAGGGCGAUGAAUUUGGUUGGGACCUCGCGGUUCUAGGGAUGUUUAUGGUAUUCCUGCUAGUUUCCUUUUUCUUCACCCUGAAGGCAGUAAUUCGACGAGCCCUACGGUAAUAGAUUUUUGUUUUUUAGA